AUGAUGUCGAUUCAAAUUGUUAUCAACCAGAAUCAGCAAACCAUUUCAUUCCUCGAAGCCAAGGACUACGACAGCGCGAUUGUGUCAUCUUCGUUUGCGUUAGAGUGCCUCGGUAGCAUCCCGCCGAUCAUGUCACAACAAGAUGAAGAAAUUCUUCAUUCAGGCUCCUCCUCCUCCUCCUCGCCUGAAUUUUCAUUCGAUCAGUGCAUGCUACUUACCAGCAUUCCUGAAGGGGAUGAUCAAUGUGGAACUCUUACAUUUAUGUACAACCGUGCCAUUCUGCUGCCUUCCAACGUAACCGAUCACGGUAUCAUUACACCCAUUCUCAUUUUCAACGCGGCGCUUGCUCAUCAUUUGGCGGCAAUGAGAAAGGAUGAAAGGUCACCACAGUAUCUUGAUAGAGCAAUGCAACUAUAUACCUUGGUGUACCAUUCACAAGAUGUCAUGGAGAAUCCCCUAUUUCACUUUGUUGUAUAUAACAAUGCUGCAUUGAUCGAUCUGCAGAUCGGCGGGAACCAGGACACAUGGAAGGCGUACUUCCGACACCUGGUACAUAUCUACAUGAUCCUGGUGGAUGAAAGCUGCAUCUCGGAACUACGGCACAUCCAAGGUUUUCUCGGGAGUCUCUUGACUACCAAGCCAGCAGCGGCCGCGGCUUGA